CACUGUGGGUAGCGGCCGUAGCGUGGCAGCAACAGUGGGAGAAUAGCGGCUCUCGGGAGUUAAUACCGUAGGUAGUGCGCAGUGGUAAAGGCCUCCGUGCGCGCGGGCCGUAGUGAACGCACGUCGCACACAACAGGUGUCCCGCGAUCGGCAGGAUCGGCUCUCCCGUGGUACUGUCGUACCGGUUCGGUUCUCUCCAUUUUGCUCCCCCGGGUGUUUACUCCUCGUCGCCUUUCACUCCGGGACAAGAGCGUGGAUACGCGAGCGCGUGUGGUGAACCGAGCGUGCGGAUCGGCGUAACAUGAUGUCGGAGACCGCGGUGACGAUGGACGGUUCCAGCAACAACGCCAGCAACAAUCCGCGGCAGGUACCGACGGUGAAGACGGAGCCGGGUCAGCCGAGCCCGUUGGCCGGCAUCCGGCUGAACGUGCCUUACUUCAAGACCAUACCUGGUAUUCUCAAGCUCGUACAGCUGGGUCUGGGCAUAAUAUGUAUGGCGUGCGCGUCUCCAGCGUACAUAGGUGCAACGCACUGGUUUCUGUUUGUCGUGGUAAUAUGCUUCAUAUCUACACUUAUAUGGUGCGCCAUAUACUUCCUGUCCCUCCGAGAGGUACUUAAGGUGCCCAUCAAUUGGAUUCUAACUGAACUUCUAAAUACAUCUUCAGAAACUGUGCUUUACAUGAUCGCAUUCAUCGUUCAGCUAUCGGCUUGGAGCGCAUACAGAGCUUCAUCAUCGAAUAUCGCUGCUGGGAUAUUUGGAAUCUUCAACACCAUCGCAUACGCCGCCGGGGCUUAUUUCCUAUACGUUGAAUGGAAGAGUACUAACACGCAAUGAGCAUCGUCGGCCUACAGAGGAUAAGCCAGGUACCUGAAGAGCAUACAACAACAAUUGCCGUGAUUAGAUCCGCAACUUCUCAGCGUCCGUACAAGGAAAUUUUAGCAUGGUCCCAAGAUCAUGCUCAGCAAGAAAGUCAACGCUGGGAGGGACGACUUGAAACUAGUCCGGCAUGAUUCUCCUCAGAUCGUGUGUAGCUUAAAAAAAGACUCUGUACCUACGUGCCUUAAGAUUAGUUAUUUGUCGUGAUCGUCGUCGUUAGAACGAAAUUCGGUGCCGCAUUGAGAAGGGUUGAUGAAGUCGCAGGAGCGAACGGAGUGCUACAUUCGAGAUACCUGCCUGAAGACAAUAAUGUUCACAAAGUCUACGUGAAAAUCGUAAUUUACUUGAAAUUAUAGCGCAGAAAUAAUCUAAGAAAUAAAACCAACACCUAUUUUGAAAUUACUUUAAAUACCAAAAGAUUAUUGUCUUCAUAC